AGCGGCAGAUUAAAGUGAAAGUAUGGUUGCCGUAGGAGAGCCUCGGUAGUCGGUAGGAUGGAAAGCGUUUUUGUUGUGGUAGACUUUCUUCGACUUAUCUGUAGAGUAUCGUAUUUGACUGUCACAUCAUUUGUUUUUUGGUUAUUAUUCAACGAGAAGAAAGACAUAAGUGAUGACAUCGUGUUGAUAACUGGAGGCGGACGGGGUAUCGGGAGGGCUUUGGCGUUGGAGUUUGCAAAACAGAAGCCGCAACACAUUAUUUUAUGGGGGAGAACAGAGGAGACUUUGAAGAAGACAGCUUUGGAAGUGAGAGAGCAGGGUGUGAAAUGCUCCUAUAUGGUGUGUGAUGUCAGUAAAUCAGAAGCCGUUUAUAAAAAUUAUGCUAAUUUAAAGAAGAUGACUGGACCGGUUACAAUUCUGGUGAACAAUGCCGGAAUAGUCCAUGGCAGCCAGAUUAUAGACACAUCAGAUGAGGAGGUGGUGCAUACCAUCAAUGUCAACACCAUGGCUUACUUCUGGACGAUAAAAGCUGUCCUUCCUGACAUGAUGGAAUCCAACAGAGGCCAUUUAGUCAGCAUUAGUUCAGUCCUGGGUCUCCUCGGAAUGAGCGGGGUGGGUGAUUACUGUAGUUCAAAGUUCGCUAGUACAGGGCUCAUGGAGGCACUGCAUUGGGAGAUACAGGAUUAUGAAAAUAUCCACAUGACAUCAGUCCAUCCCUAUCUGGUAGAUAAUCAGAUGUUUGCAGGAUUGAAAUUAAGAUUUCCGUGGUUAGUUCCCCCUUUGAAUGAGAGUUAUGUAGCCAGGCAAACUGUCUCUGCUGUUUUGAAGAAUGAGAAAUGUGUGGUAAUGCCACGAAUUAUGCUCUUCAUUCUAUUUACCAAAAGUCUCCUUCCUGUUGAUGCUAUGUUGCCAAUUUUGCGUUUCACUGGUGUAGACAGAGCCAUGGCAAGCUUUCGACCAGCUCCAAAGAAUCUGGAAUUUAUGCAAAAGACCGUCUCCAGUGAAUAGAGCUGUAAAGUUCUUCAAAUUAUCUUUUUAUUUUGAAAUGCAUUAAUUAAAUCUAUAUAUUGGGAUGUUAUAUUUAUAUUUCCAAUGUUUUUGCCUUUGAUAUCUUCACAAAUUGUAAUACUAGCCAUUUCCUCAUGAAUUUGUUGUGAACAAUGCAUGUAUGAAUACAGCUAAAUAUAGUACGUCUAAUUUUAAUGACUGGGAUUUUCAGCAAAAAUGAAAGUACAAUGUAAAUAUAAAAAAUAAACUUAAUUUUUUUUUAAAAAUACAUGAGAGUAUGAACUGCAAUGCUGGCAUACUCUUCAUGAAGCACAUAAGCUUUUUUAAAAAUGAAAUUUGUUUCUUAAAUAUCCCACAGUCUACAGCUUUGUGAAUUUGGACAGAUUUGUCCUUGAGAAAACAUCAGUUUUAAAUAGUUUUGUCCUCCUAUUGUGAAAACUAUGUUAAAUACAAAGCUACAUACAUGCAACAUUUCCAUCUGUUCAUCCAUGCUGUAUGUCCAUCUGUCUGUUAAUUGUGUCCAGAGCAAUUGUAUGUUGAGUGUUUAUAAAGUCAUCAAACCUUGUUAGAUGAGGAUGUAGUCCUUUUAAAAUAAGGAUUCCAUUCUUAGUGUCUCAGUAUGUUUUAUGAGUGAAUUCUAGGAUCUGUCUUGGAAGGGAAAAUUGUUGUAGUUUUUCUGAAAUUGUAUGGCUUGCAUGACUAAGACAUGUGCAUGAAUUGUAUUUGCAUGUCCUUACAGGUUGGCAGGGUGCGAUACGUACCACAUUUACAUUGAGUCAGGGUCAUAUGUUACUGUGAGACAUGCAAUAUUACAAAACUAUGUGAAUUGAUGUAACUUGGAUGGGGGUGUGGAACUUUGUGACCCAAAGUUAGUCACAUGGGUAUUAUAUGACUGUUUGGAUUAUAUCUUACAAACUGAGAUUAGGGUUAUCAAACUUGUAAAAUGGUCAUGUUUUUACCAUAAAAUUGUGUUGUAAAAGAGGUGUGUUGUGAUGUGAAAUACUGUCUGUUGACUUAUUUUAGUGGGAUUCAUGAAUAUUUAAUUGACUUUGGCCCAUAAAGCAAGAGCGCUAAUUUCUUACUAAGCUAAUUAAUAAAAUCUUUAUUCAUCCAUUAUCAUACAUAGGAGAACAAAAGACUAAAUAAAUGAUUAUGUCAAAUUGUGCAUCAACUCAGAUUGCACCAAAUUUUAAAUGAAAAUCCAUCGAUGCAUUCAUCUUUAUGGAAUUUUAAGUAGACUACAGUAUUUCACAAUGACUUCAUUUUGAAAAAUUACAUGCACAUCUGCAUUCCUAGUGAAAGUGAUGUCUAAAUUAAAUGUCUACUACUUUUUGAAGCAUUACAAAUAUCAACCGUUGUCAAAUCUAUGGUUGUAUGACGUAUCAAGAGAUGGAGGUGGUAAAUGUAAGUCCCAAAAGUAUGCCAUUGUAACAUAGCUAUGAUUUAUGUGGCAAUGCAUCCUGAAAUGUAUUAUGAUAUCUCACAAUGGUGCACUGUGUUGUAAGUUUGCUGCUGAUUAUUUCAUGUAUGUUUGAAGAAGCAUUCAUACAUGUAGAAUUUCUAAUUGUAGUUAUAUGCAAAAAUGUGAACCAUAUUGGUAUGCAAAGUAUUAUAGUUGGCUUAUUGGAGACUUGAGUGAGUUUUCUAGAUCAAAAUUUGUCUGUCAAUCCAUCCAUUUAUCUGCCCUUAUGACGGUCCAUACAUUUGUCCAUCUAUCUAUCCAUCUGUCUGUCUGUCCAUCUAUCUGUCUGUCUGUCCAUCUGUCUGUCUGUCCAUCUAUCUGUCUGUCUGUCCAUCUGUCUGUCUGUCCAUCUAUUUGUAUGGCUGUCCAUCCACCCAGCUGUGUUAUUUAUGGAGUUUUCACAUUUUUCCUUGUCCUCUGGGCACAUUAUAUUCUGGAGUAUUUUAGAGAAUUAAAUUUCAAAUCGAGUACAAGUACUAUGCUUUUGGGAGGGAAGAUAAAUAGGAUGUUCAAAAAUUGUAAAACAUAUGCAGUAUAUACAAAUUAACUAUUAAAUUGCCAAUUUAAGUUUGUUCAAGGCCUCCAUGCUCAGGAUGGUUUCAGUCAGAGUAGAAAUAAAGUUCUUUGGAGGAAUUUAUAGUAAAAGAAUGUUAGAUAUAAAAUUGUUGAAAAAAAAAUCUUAGUUCUAAUUGAUCUUCGAGUUUCAGUGGUGGAUUCAGAAAAUUUCGGGGAGGGGGGUGCGACUUAAGUUUUUAAGACCCCAAAAUGACAAAUAACGACCUUAAAAGAUGAAUAUUCAACCAAAGGGGAUGCAACUCCCAAACCCCUCGCCUCUAGAUCCACCACUGAGUUUGAGCUUGUUUCUCAGUAAGAGUCAGGUGAGCACUGUGACUCUUUAAUCUCUUUAUAGUUUGUGAUUUAUGUUUAAGAUGCUAUUGUUAGUGUGCUGUGACUAUGUAUGAGAGGGCAUGUUUUGUAAUGGCACCUCUUUUUGUUAACAAGUUAAAGGAUUAUUGCAAUAUGAAAUACAAAAUA